AUGGCUAGUUCAUUGCCUUUGCUGUCUUCCUUGUUCAUUUUCUUCCUUGCAUCUACUGUUUUUGCUAUCAAUAAUAUCACUCAUGCCACUUCAGUUGAAAAAGACUUAGUUCCAUGCACAAUGUGCGCUGAGUGUGAGAACCCAUGCCAACCCCUGCUGCCACCUCCUCCUCCACCUCUACCGUCACCGCCUCCACCGCCACCAUCGGUCAUUAAUAUUGAAUGCCCUCCACCACCAAAGACACCAUGUCCAGAUAAUUGUGAAGAAGUGCCACAAGGACAAGGACCAGUGCCCCGGCCACCGUACCCACCGGUAUUGUACUUUCCACCGGGAACUCCGUAUCCAAACUAUGUGCCAUAUAAUAUGAACACUAGCGGUGGAAUGAUGAGGCCUUACUCGAUCUAUUUCACAAAGUCCUUCUCCUUGAUUAUUUAUGUGGCAUGUCUUUGCCUUACUUAUUACUUGUUCAUUUAG